AUGCCGGAAUUCGAAUCUAUCACAUGCUCAAACGCUUUCUUCUUCGAUGAGCCUUCUAUUGAACGGCAUCUGACGAGCAUUGGAAAGGGUGGCUGCUCUCGUCUUGUUUUAUUGCCGUUCUAUCCUCACUACUCAUGUGCCCAAUCUGGUGUUUUGCUCAACGAAGCUGAGCGCGUUCUUCAAACAUUCACUGUUCCUGCAACGGUGGACGGUAAGGAAGUCGCAAACGAACGAAUUGUGCCCAACACGAGCGAAUCAUUCCGAGUGUCGGCUUUGCAUCGAUGGAGCAGUCACCCAGUUUACUGGCUCGACGUACUCAAAUCGAAACGUGCUGAUUUUGGAGGCAUACUGUUCUGUGCUCCUUCUCUGAGAGGUUACAAUAGCAAAGAACAUCGACGAUUGGUGUGGUCAUCUUGUGAACGAGUGAUGUCCGGCCUGAGCGAUUCAUUGCCUUGGCGACUCGCAUUCUACAAUGCCUGGGAUCAGUGGGGUCUUCCUAUUAGGGAUUCCGUCCAAAUGCAGGUGAUCCCCUGGAUUCUCAUUUUUCAUAAUAUUUACUACAUUUGCGGUUUUGGAUUUUGAAA